UACUCUAACAGCCAACAGACGGCUGCUCCUUCCUCCCUCCCUCAUUCCCUGCCUCUCUCCCUCCCUCUCCAGCCCUGUGCCUCCUCCCCCAGGCAGUGAGAGAACGGAGAGAUUAACCUGACGGAGGGACUCCGGCUUUAAAACAGCAGGGCGCGCAGAGCAGACACACAGUGGUUGGGAGAGAAGCAGAGAUCCUCUCAGAGAGAGAGCGCUCUUUUACACACUCACACUCUCACAAGCUCGACCUGAACGGCAAGGGCUUCACACACAGCGGUUUUGCCAUCGAUUUACCCAGGGUUUCAUACUUCUGUAUCCCCAGGAUUCAACUUCAGUUGCGCUCCAGCCACUUGAAACUUUUCUUAUCAUCGGCAGGACUUUUUUGGGGGUGGAUUUGAGAGGUUGAAGUCUUGAGGAGCUGAGAGGGAGAAGCUACUGAGUGUUGGCUGUGGCAUCCAGAGGCGGAGUCUCUGAGCAUAGAGGUAACUGGAGUGUGAAGCUGGAUAGCAGUGACAGCGCGGUAAUGGACGCCGGCCCUUUGGCCUCGGUGGGCGAGAGCGUCGGCAGCGCCAUCGAGGGGGAGACGGUGUGCGCGGCACUGGCCCGCUACGAGAGCACGCUUCGCGACACCGUGCGGGAGAUCCAUGUGGACGUGAGCGCCUUCAAGCUGGGUGUGGAGCGGCGGCUAGAGGAGACGCUGCACGUGAGCGGGCCGCUGGGGCACGCCGUUGCCCAGUUGCAGCAAGAGAACCGGCAGCUACGCAGCCAGUUGGAGACACUCACCCGGCAGGUGGAGAUGCUCACGGGCAGCAUGUGCGACCGCAGUGCCCUCCUCGGCCCUGGCAACCCUCAGCACCAGCAGACCGGUGGCGGCAGCAGCGGUGGCACGGGCCAGCCUCAGAUGCCCGGAGCAGGCAGCGGCAGCUCCCAGAGUCCCCCGGCUCCCUCCUCUCCAUGUGUGGGGGCCACGGGGUCGGCCAGUGGCUUGGCCUCCAGCCCCACCACCGUGCGCUUCUCCAGCCGGGCCACCUUCGCAGUAUCCAGCAAGACCAACAGCAUUGAGCGAGAGGAGCCCAUAGAGGUGGAUCCAGCACCAGCGACCACAGGGUUGGAGAAUGGACACACACCAAUGUCAGAAACCAGUCCAGUGGCACAGAGGGAGAGCCCUCUCCCACCCUUCCGUGAGCGCUUAGCUUCAGCAGCCACGGCCAUGCCUCACCUGCCCAUCACAGCCACCACCAAGACUGCAGACACCUCUGGAGCCCCUGUCAUGAAGAGCCCUGACUCCCCUACCAGUCCCAUGCGGUCACUUCCCCCCGCCAUUACAGAUCUGCAGCCUCCCAGUGAUCGGGCCGCCAUGGACAAUCAGCCACAAAGGAUGACAGAGUCACCAGUGCACCAAGCACCCACUGUGAAGACAUGGAGCCCGAGUCCAGUUAGAACAAUGGGGUCCCCUCGCUUGUCUGAAAGAACCUCAGCACCUGCAAAAUCAGUGACAUAUUCAGGCCUUGUUCAACACAAUACAGACAGGGGUCUGGAUGGUAAUGGGGACAGCCCUUUUGGCCGAGGCCCUGAGCGGAGGCGCGAGCUUGUGAGGUCACAGACACUGCCACGGAGCAUCGGCGCCCAGGCACGCCGCUCCAUCUUCGAGCGGCUCGACUCGGAGAAUAAUAGCCGUCCCAAACCUCUUGACUCGAAGCCCAAACUGAAGCGCUCUCAAAGCUUCGGUGUGUCCAGCGCCAGCAGCAUCAAGCAAAUUCUACUAGAGUGGUGUCGCUCCAAAACCAUUGGAUACCAGAACAUUGACAUCCAGAACUUCUCAUCUAGCUGGAGUGAUGGCAUGGCCUUCUGUGCACUCGUCCACUCUUUCUUCCCCACUGAGUUUGACUACAACGUGCUGACAGCUGCUGAACGCAAACACAACUUUGAGAUGGCAUUCGGCAUUGCAGAGGUGAAGGCCGGCUGUGAUCGUCUCAUCGAGGUGGAGGACAUGAUGGUGAUGGGCCGCAAGCCAGACCCCAUGUGCGUCUUCACAUACGUCCAGUCCCUCUACAAUCACCUGCGCAAGUUCGAGUGAACUCACCGACCUGUCUCGUAGUCAGUUAUCCACUGGCGAUCUGGACAUUCAGUGGAGACCUAGAGAGCAGCAUUGCCCCCUGGUGGACCAUACUGUGCCUUACAACAAAUUAUGGAGAAGUAACGGUCAUCCGCAGGUGGAAGAUUUAUACUUCCACAGCUAGCUAGACAUAUUGAUGUGAUGGAGGCUGCCAGAAGGCUUUCUGCCCAGUGAUUGAGGCACAUUGCUGAAAACAUGUAAUCACUGCCAUGGGGUGCUGGUCGUAAACAUUACAUUUUUGAGUGUUGCUUAUCCCAAAAGAUCGUCUUGAGUAUGUACAGUAGAUAAGUUGUGUUUUUCUUAAAGCUUGUAGUCCUACCACUUUUUUUAUUCAUUGUUUGAAUGUUUAUUUAUCUCUAGAUUGUACUGUGGUCAUCAAUGUGUGGUCUCUGACACCAGCAUGUGUUCACGUUUCAAACUGAGAAUCCACAGCUAAUAUACUGUAAACACCAAAAUAGACCUUCCUUAUACCUACAGACUGCAAUGACUUUGAGAUUUACUGUAGACGUUUAAGGACGCUGAUCCACCCAGGUGGCACACAAGUGUUUUCGGGUGUGGAAGUGUUUUCAGGUGAAAAACUGUGGUGGCUGGAGAGGGGAGCGUUAUGUUUUAUUUACAUUAUUUUGAUAAACUAACGAAUAAAAUGAAAUGUUUUAAAUAAAUUCACUAGUUUCACACCA